CAAGCGUUUUAAAUAAUAAGGAUCGCUUCCAAAAUUGCGUUUUUGUGUUAAAGAAAAUUACAGGCACGUUUAGAUAAAGAAAUAUCAUUGGGUUUAUUUAUAUGAAUGCAAAAGAUGUAGAGUCGUGAGUAUGCCGAGAGGUGAAGAGGCAUCCAUCCAUCCAUUUAGAAAAAGGUCAGUGAUGGUCAGUGCUGGUUAGAACCUGCUUCCGAAGAUGUCAGCUUCAGAUUCUGACUAUUCUAUUGACUGGCUGGCCAGUGAUGAUGAGGACAACGAUAGUGAGUUAGAACCAGACUGUACCAAAGCUGCAGGGCAAACCACACUGCCCAAAGCCCGCUCCUCAAGGAUCAUCCAGGGAGCUCAGUCUUGCCAGUCACUCCCAAAGAGGAAUGGCGAUAAAGGGGAGGUAAAGGAGAAGGAGAAUAUGAGCUCUAUGGGAAGCUCUCCUGCUUGCUGUGAUAGUUCGGACUACUGCAAUGAUGGUGAGCUUUCUCACCUGGGACGAUCCAAUUACAGCCGGUGCACCGAAAGUCCUAAAGGCAAUAAGAGGCAGGCGCUGAAGAGAACACGGAGCUCCUUGAUGUCGGAGCACAGAGAGAGGCAGCUCACAGCUGAGCAAAUUGAGAAAAACAGGCUGUUUGCAUGCAAGUGCUUGGAGCUGCAGUGUUACAUUCACCCACUGUCGUCAAUCCUUAAUGGCCUACGAUCAGGCAGAUACAGAGAACGCCUCAGCACUUUCCAAGAGAGUGUGGCCAUGGACCGCAUCCAGAGGAUAAUGGGGGUCCUGCAGAAUCCCUGUAUGGGGGAGAGAUAUGUCAACAUCAUUCUGAAAAUGGAGGAAAUGUUGAUGAACUGGUUCCCUCACAUAAAACCACAACAAAAUGAUCAAGCCAACACCGAAGACCUGAUGGAGAAGACGAACCCGUCUAAGAAACCCAAGUUGUCUCCAGCUAAAUCUUCCCUGCUCAUCGGGAUUGUAAACCCUGCCACCACAAGUGCCUCUUCCAUGGGUAGCAAGGCAAUGAGAGUCAGUGACCUCACCCCACCUGAGCCCUACUCUGCAGCCAACCUAAAAUGGCUCCACACAUCACCCAUCUGCUCCCCAGCAGCUGAACAGGCUCAGGGGACCGUUCAGAACUUUCUAACAGCCCACAGAGACAAGGACACGACACAGGACAACUCCGUGUCCUCCAGCACAGACCGGCUGUGUAGUGAGACAGACUCUACUCCCAGUCGACUGCCUCCAGGCAAAAUUAACGCCCCAUGCCUUGAGAGACUGCUUAAAUCUACGGAGAGUAUCAUCACCCAGAAAGGCUCAGUGGGCAUGGGUGGAAUGGCAGAAGGUAGUUGGUCCUAGUCCUGCGAAAGGGCUCUGGGAGAUCAGAGCCUUGCUAGUGCGUGACUGACCCCAACUGGUCUGGAGUCACCUAAAUUAGGGGCAAUUCCUGCCUCCAUUCUAGCCUUGCGUAGAGGAGCAGAACACAACAGAGGGAGUUGAGCUUAGCCCAGCACAACCGAGCAACAUGUUGGUUUACGUACUGUAAAGUGUCAGAGUGUGAUCUUUGUGUGUGGGGGGUAUAUUAGUGUACGUCUUAUUUUUUCCUUCUGUUGGACUGCAGAUGUAUCUGUGGGGUGGCGGGGGUGUAGAAGGUUCUAUGAUGUUGACUCACCUCUGUACUUACCUUUGAUAAGGUUUCCUCUAAAGACAAAGCCAAAGGAGAAAACCUCACAUGGCGGCAAGAUCUGAUGAGGCAGUGUAUUGGUAUCCAUGAAAAAGCAAAUCUCUAGACAAAACAAAGCAGGCUUUUUUCUUCUUUUUUUUUUUUUUU